AUGAGGUCCCCCAUUCCCGUGUGGAAAGACGUAAGGGCCAGCAACAGGAGUGGGCCGGGCCUUGUGCUGGAGUUUCACUCUCUCCUGGAGAAUUUUGCACACCAACACUCGCAGGGACACUUGGUGUUACUCAUUGACAGUGCCGACUGCAUCCAGACCCGAAAUAACCAGCGAACGUCGGACUGGAUCCCUGAGACAGUGCCACGUAGGGUGACGUUGGUGCUGAGCGUUACGGAGGACUCCCCACUGCACCAGGCCUUGGCCAAGCGCAAGGGGAUGGUGCCUGUCCACCUCGGGCCCCUGGAGCCUCUGGAUCGCUCAGAGAUCGUCCGCCGCUACCUGGCCAUCUUUGGGAAGAAGCUGGAGGAAUCGGCCUUCAACAACCAGGUGUCGGACCAGAUCCGCGCUUUGCCGCCGACUCUGUGCGGGCUCAUCCAACACGCUCUCGGAUGCCUGGAGCGGGAGCAGGGGCAGGAUAUGGUGACCGUCGCCCUCGGUGCGCUCCACGUCAGCACGAAAGGCUUGAGGGAGCGAGACCUUUACUGUGUCCUGUGCACGAGCCGUGGGCUGCCAACUGGAAGUGCCUCGCCCAGCUGGGAGGAAGUGAUGCAAGGGGCCGUGAAGCCGCGCAGGCCCGUCCCCAUGGCCACCUUCGCCCGGCUGAUGCGUAGCCUCCGGAGCAUCCUGGGGAUCUGGACCCCUCCGGCCGAGAUGCCGGCCUCCCGUCUCCGACUCUCUGGUGACCUUUUGCGGGAGGCCGUGUGGCAGAGGUACCUGAGGGACGCCAGGCGUGAGAGACAGCUCCGCCAGCUGCUGGCUGUUCAGCUCUGGAGACUGAUGGACCCCGAGGGGAAUGGGCUGUUCGCUAACUGUGACCCCGAAGUGCUUCCUGACCUUCCGCAGCAUCUGAUCCUGUGUGGGCAACUCUCCCGUCUUGCCUCUCUGCUCACCAACCUACACUUCUGCCAUCUGCAUUUGCGACUUGGGCUUCUAGCUCAGCUCAAUGUGACCUUCAAUCUCUACCACGCCACGGCCGCCAGAGACGCCGAGAGUGAGGGCAGCCUGCAGGACGUCGACCCUUACCGCUGCUUCGUCGCCGCCAACUGGCCUGUCCUGGGCGCGGAGCCCACCCUGUUCUGGCAGCAGGCCUUGAACCAGCCUGAGGCCUCGCCCGUCCACCGCCAGGCCCGGAGCCAGCUGUUGGCCGGGGACGGCCCGGCCCGGAAGCUUCCGGAAGGCUUCCGCUUGGUCGAGUGGACCAACAGGCCUCAGGCCUUCGGCUCCCAGGGUAAGGUGAUGACCACUCCAACGGUGCCACUCUGUGCGGGUCUCUCUCCCUCUGGCCGGCUGGCAGUGGUGGGCACCAGCGAGGGAUACCUGCAUGUGUUGGACCUGGAGAGCGGGGAGGUGAGUGCCCACGACACCCACUGGCCUGAACAUGGACCCACUUUCCAGGCACAGAGACUGCAACUGAAGGGCAAGAAAGGCCCCGCCAGCCCCCAGCAGCUGCUCAAGGUGCCCAGGCAGAGCUCGGCUGGCACAGUACCCGGGCCACCCGUCAGAAGGGUACAGUCCGGGAGCCUGUGCUACGGGGACAGUGCUGAGGAAGAGGGGGUGGAGGAUAGCAUGGCCAGGGCAGGGGGGCAGGAAGGCAGCUGCUCAGAGCCAGGCCUGCCCCUCUCGGCUGUGGAAUCGGGAGCUGAGUUGGCUGGGCAGUGUAAAGCUGUGGAGCCCAGGCAGCAGGCUACGGUAGUUGAUGUCCCCUCUCCGAGCCGGCAGCAGACAAGCCGUAUCCUGUGCAGGCUGAGGCAGGAGAGGUUGUGCAACAUGGUGGCAGCUGCCCAGAAGGAGGAGCAGGAGGAGGACAAGGACAGGCCCCCAGCGUCCCCACUCCCGGGUGGAGAGAGGGGGACGUCGGUUGAGCCUGGUGGCCUCCCUGCUGGCCUAGGUGACCGGCUGCCCUUCCGGCUCAGGGUCCGCCCGUGGGACGUCCACGAGAGAUCUGCCGGCGACGUGCCAAGUGGUACUGAUGAGGACCGGCGGGCAGGCCCCCAAUGGGCCACCCUCAGACCCGAGGCUGGCAAUGCCACCGCCAGCCGGGCCAGUCAGACCUAUCACCGCACGCCACCCCCUCCCACCGAGGCCUCCCAGCGCCCAGGUCUCCCCAGCCCUCCGCCGCUGCUUCCCCGGCUGGAGGCUGGCCGCCUGGUUAGCCUGCUGGUGACCACCGGCGGGCCCUCUGCCAACUCCAACGCCAGCCUGGCCCGCCUCCAGCCCAUCUCAGCCACCCGCCUGGCAACCAACCCCUCCUGGGCUCCUGGAGGCUCCAGCCCAGGUCAUGGCCCACCCCUCUCCAUGACCAUCCUAGCCCUGUCCAACCUGAGAAGCCAGGAGAGCCAAGAGCGGAGCCGACCCCCUGGCGGAGGCACUGGCGAGGCUGGGAAGGAGCCCCCACAGGACAGCGAGAAACCACGGCCGGAUCCAGAGACACUCAGGAAGCUGCAAGAGAGCCUUCUGCAUGAAGACUCGGAGGAAGAUGAGGGCGAUCUGUGCAGAAUCUGCCUGAUACCCGGUGGCACCCCAUUGAACCCGCUUCUUGAACCCUGCAAAUGUGUCGGGAGUCUGCAGUUUGUGCACCAUGAUUGCCUGAAGAAAUGGCUGCAAGCAAAGAUUAUUUCAGGAGCUGAUCUGGCUGCUGUCACCACCUGCGAGCUCUGCAAACAGAGCCUCAAGCUGGAUUUUGACAACUUUGAUGUGCAUGAGUUUCAUCGCAAGCGAGCAGCCUCACAGGUCGAGGAGCAAAUGACCAGCUCCAGUCUCUACAUGGCAGUCCUGCUACACCUCUAUGAACAGCGGUUCACUGAGCUCAUGAGGUUGCUGAGUGGCAGUGCUACCACCUACCAGUUCACCACAGCUGAAGCACAGCCCGGAGCUGAUGGCAGUGACGUUCAAAAUUCUGACUCAGAGGAAGAGGACAGCACAGACCUGCGGUCCCGUGGUGCCAUCGUGCCUGAUGGCAUGCUGCUGACAUUUGAGCAGAGAGACGCCUAAAGAUUCAGGCCCUGUACCCCAUUCCUCCUCAUUCCCUUCCCUCCCUCCUUCCCCGCCCGCCUGCCCCCAAGAGCCACUCCAACCCCUGCCCAUUAUAAUACCGUAUGGACAUUGUGCUAUGCAAGCAACUUGUUUUCUUUUGAUAAAAUGCCUCACAGAUUUUGUGGGACCU